AAUGAAGUCGGAAGGUGCCAAACGUGUGGCGACUUUCCGCCCAAAACUUCGCACGAAACACACCACAAUUCCGGCAUUUCUACAGGAAACCGGGCAGUUACAUGUCUGAAACUCAGGUUUGCCACCUUAAUUCAGCCACGAUCCGUGUCUUCUCGGGACUGAACUUGUGCUGAAGGCUGUUUUCUGUCGUGUGAUUUUCGCGAGGACAUGGCGUCUAAUGGGAUGCAGCGGUCGCUGUCGGUUCCAGCCGGGGACAUGCAGCGAGGUGUGCCCGCCCAGAACAAUAGAGCCACGGCACCAGGACAUGGUAGGCCGAUAGCACGUCCUGCAGACGACAUCCAGGUAAAGCCGAAUGGCACGUUGAAUGGCCACGGUGGCCGGAAACGACAUUUCAACCGGGAUGAGCCUCGUCGUCACACACUAGGCGGACCGCGUAGUCAGAUGGAGAUGAAGCGUGAGAACUCGGAGAUGGAGAAGUUGGAGAGACAGCGCCAGGCGUUCCUGGAGCACCUGAAGAAGAAGUACCCACAGCACGCACAGGCCAUAUCAGGGCACCAGAAACAGACGAGAACUCUGUCGUCCUCACAUGUAGCGGAGGUGAUGGAAGAGGAGGAUCGCGCCAGUGUGGCGUCGGAGCAGUCGGAGCCGGCCAUGGGCACCGCCAACACCGGCUUCAGCCGGGGCAGCCGCCUCAGGUCCAGUCUGCCGGUCGUACGCACACCGAUCCUCAGCAAGGAGAAGUCCAAGGGAGGUGGUAGGAGACAGCUUGUGUCCCUGGGUAUCGUGUACCUACAAGUGAAUGAUGAGACGAAGCGUUCCAUCAUGCCUAACGAGGUGACGGGGUUGGACACGGUGCGGGCGAUGUUCGUGCGAGCGUUCCCCCACCGCCUCACCAUGCAGAUCAUGGAGCAGCCCCACAUCAAGAUCUACAUCAGAGACAGCAAGUCAGACGUCUACUACGAGCUGGAGGAGAUGAAAGAGGUUCAGGACAGAGCUUGUCUGAAGAUCCAUGUUCCCGGGUUAGCAGACACCCUGCCGAUGUACCACACGCCCUCCCCCAACUCCACCCUGUCCUCCACGACUGUGUCUAACGUGAGUCUGGUGAUCGAGGAGGAUGGAACCGACUCGGUCAGGAACGGGCCGUCACCACACCCCGACAUGGCCAGACAGAGACAACCCAGCCCUCGGUAUCAGACAGCCGUCCACAACACGUCCCACCAGACCUACCAACUCAUCAAACAGAGCAAUGAGCAGAAGAUUCAGCAGCUGAGUAACCACGUCUCGGAGUCGGGCAGCUCGUCGGAGCACAGCACCCCGAAACAGCAAAGUCCACAGUCUACAGUACAGAGACAGCCUCACCCAUAUCCACAGUCCAGAGGCCCGCCACCCCCCAUGAGUGGCCCCCCGAAGCCGGCCCACGCAGCCCCUCCCCCUCCUGCGUCACCACGGCACACCCAGGGGGGUCCCCCACCCCCUCAACACCAACAACAGCAGGUUAGCCGACAGCAGACCACGUACUACGUGAGCCAGUCUCAGGCUGCACCUCAACCUAACAUCCAGCCUCCCCAACACGGGGCCCCCCACCCACAGGCUGGAUCCCCCCACCCUCAUCAGGGGCCCCCACACCCCCAGCAAGGAGCCCCCCACCCCCAGCAGGGAGCACCCCACCCCCGCACCUCACCCCACUCCCCACAUGUGGCACAGCAACAUGCGACUUAUGUUUACGCUGCACAACAGGUGCCACAACAGAGAGGAACGCCACCUCCAGGUCAUCCACAGAGAGGGACCCCGCCUCAAGGUCGUCCACAAGGUCAUCCCCAAGGUCACCCGGGCAUGCCAGCUGGAGUACCCAAGUCAGCUAGCAUGCCCAACUACUACCAACACAGACCUGCUCAAGGUCCGCGGCCAGCAGGGCCGGGUCAGCCCCAUCCCAUCCAGAGGUCAGGGUCAGCGGGCCCCCCUCCCGCACACGCAGGCCGGCACCCCGGCCAGAAGAUGCACCCCUCCCAGCAUGCACCAGCCAUGUACCAAAGACAGACGUCAGGCCCUGGCUCAGGUGGCUCGCGUGCUUCCCCCGUCAUGGGGACCCAACCUCGUGGCCGACGCUCUUUACCGCACCUGACAGGGUCGGACGUGGAGGACGAGGUCAUCCAGCAGCUCCGCACGGGUCAUCGCCGUGGUUACGGGUCGUCACAGACGUCGGGGACUUCUUCUCCCAUUGUGAAUGAUGAUGAAGCAAGAAAGCGCAUGGCGAGCAUCGAGCAGCAGAUCGCCAGCCUGGCGGGUUUGGUGCAGACAGCGCUGACUCACGGGGACGAGACGCAGGCAGCUUCCGCCGGCGCUGCGCCUGUGCCCGGGAAGGAUGAGGACAAGGGACGACAUCCCAGCGUUACCAGGUCCGAGAGCUCACACUCAGGAUUCAGUGCGGAGAGUGUGAGUACAGUGUCCGGUCGCGCCUCUUCCCCAGUGCCAGACGAGCAGGUAGCAGAAAAGGCGAGGAGAUUACAUCAUACGACAAAGGGACUGAGAGAACAGCUGAACCAGCUCCGCAUCAUCCACAGACACAACACACAGGAGAUGAACGAUACCUUCGAAAAGGUGAAGAGAGAGAUCCAGGUCAGGCUGAGCAGGUCACCGAGCGGCAGCAUGCACCCUGUCAGGACACAGAGGUCAAGGGUCGACCUGGAGAUGCACAACUACCGGAAGAGAGCUGAAAUAGUGGAAAAAAAGCUAAGUGAGCUGGAGAGAUGGGUGGAGGAGGUGCGUACAGACGUGGUGAACAAGCGCUGCAGAGUCAGUGUCGGGGACGUGGAAGCCAUGCUGAAGGCUCUCAGCAGGUCAGAGAAGGACUGGAGGGAACUCCAAGACACCUGGCCUGGGCUGAACGAGGAACUGAAAGCCGUCCUGUCAGCGGAGAUGGAGGUCGUGGUGCAGGAGGAAAGGUUUGUGAAGGAUGAGACAGAUAAGGUUGAGGGGGCGCUCAAGAGGAUCAAGAAACUAACGGGAACGCUGCACACGUUACAGAGACUAGCGUCGGUCCAGGAGCACCGUCCUGCGCAGGUUCCCGUGUUUGAGCAGAAGGGCGAGCCUGAUCAGGAGAAACUCCUGGAGGAGAUCAAGGGUCUCACACCGGACCACGAGAGGAGACUACAGAGCAUUCAGCUUCUGGAGGAGAAACUGCAGAAGAGGCGUGUAGCCCUCCUUGCCGUGUUGUUUAAACCGGAGUCGUUUCGCGCCCGGUCAAAGGUCAAACAGAUUCACGUUUCCAAGAGGGCCUCGCCACAGCCUGCCAAGCCACCCGAGGACGUGGCAAAGCCUGCCGGGAAGCCAGAACCUGAGUCCAAGGAGCCUUCCGCGUCUGAGACGGAGAGCUCUACUCCUUCCAAGGAGGAGCAGAUGGUGAUAAGUCCGUCUUCGACGUCUGUGAGCUCCGAGACGACCUCCCCAGGACAGUCUGACCUUCAGGACUCCCCACAGGACCAGACCAAGGACUCCCCUGCGAUGAAGGCGUCGCCCCGUCCGAUCCAAUCCCCGACCAAGCAACACGCCAGAGAGUUUCCUCUCACCAAGAAGCCAUCCCCUCAACCUAGCAUGCCCCCUCCAAAACAACUUGGGACUCCCCCUCCAAAACAGAUUGGCAUCCCCCCUCCAAAACAACCUGGUAGUCCCCCUCCAAAACAACCUGGUAGUCCCCCUCCAAAGCAGUCAGGUAUCCCCACUCCAAAACUGACUAGCACCCCCCCUCCAAAACAAACCACUCAGGCAGUUUCUCCUACCAAAAAAUCCCCCAGUCCCACUAUACCACCGAAAAAGGACAUCCCAACGACCAGACAGGAAAACAAAACAGCCCCGCCUCAACUACCCCUUAAAAAGACCCCCUCUGCCAGCUCUCCCCCUCCGAUGAAACAGCAACAGCCUGUGCCAACCCCCCCACCUAAACCUGGCGCUGGUGCCCCCCCACACUCACCCCCCUGGCAGAAAGAACACCGCUCAGUGUCCCCUCCCAUGAUGAGACCUAUUUCACCCCCAGUGAAAAUCGACAGCCCAAAAACGUCGAAAAUCGACAGCCCGAAAACCUCCCCAGUAAAGCGGGAACCCGUCCCAACUUCUCCGCCGCCUUCACGGGAAACCGGCUCUCCGUCGUCCCCGCAACGUCGCGAGGUCCGCUCGCCAGUCAAACCUCCCGUGCCAGAGAAGCCCCACUCCGUCCCGCCUCCACUUCUCACCAUUCCACAGCCACAGCCGGACCAGACAGCCUCACCCGAACACGAUGACAAUCUUCCUCCACCGACUACCGAAGCGACGCUGCAGCGACAUAACCGAUUUAGGGCGCUCCAACGUCUGAAGACCAAAUUCAUGCAGGAGACCAGCCCCCCUCCCAGUCCUCAACUCAGCUCUCCUGACUCAAGGAACAACAACAAGGAGUCGCCCAAAUUCGACAAGGAGUUGAAAAAGGAGAUAAAGAAGCAGAAGAAAAGGGACAAGAAAGCCGAGAAGCAAAGGAAGGAGGAAGAGAAGGAGGAGAAGAAGAGGAAGAAGAAGCCCCCCAAACUUGAGAUGCCACACAAGGAGCAGGAAUACUCUCCAAGUCUGGUCUCCCCGUGGGAGCGCAGAAAGCCCCUUUCACCGACCUUGGAGAUGGAGUUUGAGGAAAUGGAGAAAGCUGAAGGUCGGGGCUCUGAAGGUCACGACUCUGAAGGUCGCUGUCCUGAAGGUCACGGCUCUGAAGGUCGCAGUCCGGAAGGUCACGACUCUGAAGGUCGCAGUCCUGAAAGUCGUGGCUCUGAAGGUCAAAGCCCAGAAGGUCGUGACCCUGAAGGUCGCAGUCCUGAAAGUCAUGACUCUGAAGGUCGUGGUUCUGAAGGUCACAGCUCUCCUGUCACCCCUCCUGACACAACACGUACGGCCGGGCCGUUCCAACUGAAGAUUCUCCACCGCACAACCCUGCCAGAGCUCGCCGCCUUCGAUAAGGCUCCCUCCUCGGAGACCUCCUCUGGAACGACCACCCCCACGGGAGACAGUGGUCUGUCCGACUCACUGCUCGAGGAGCAGCUCUUGACCCAGCAUGCUGCUGAAGAGGCGAGAGAGAGACGUCUUCGUCUUGGCUCGCAUGGGCCGGAAACAAGGAAGCUAGUGGAGGCUCUGAAGGAGGCAGAGGAAACACUGCAACAGGCAGUUGCCACUACUGAUAAUAAGGACAAGAUUGAGGUGCUGAUACCCCAGGAGAGCCCCAAGGUGGAGAAUGGAUCACAGCACUCCUCUUUUAAUGGAUCUCAGCACUCUCCCUCGGGCCAGGUACUGGAGCCGGGGAAGAAAGUCCCGCCCCCUCCGCCCCCCAGGAAGAACUGGAUCACAUCCCCCACCUCCCCCUCUCCCCGCUCCCCUGCACACAGCCCCCCCAUCAUCUCCUCUACUGUACAGUACACAGGCAAGGCUACUGACCUGGAUAAAGCACAGACCAGCUACACAACCAAGACUAUCACUACAGGUAAGCACAGCUACACAACCAAGACUAUUACUACAGUGUUCAGAAGUGCGACCAGCCCGACCAACAAGCCCAGUCCAACUGGGAACCACAACGAUAACAACAACCAGGUCACCAACAGGAGGGAGGGGGGCGAGGGGGCCGAGAAGGACCAGAGGGUUUGGUUCUCGCCCACCCCGACGACUCACACCAUCGAGCGGGAAGAGGACCAGGACCCGCAGGAGAAGAAGAGGCAACUGCAGGAGCAGUACAACAUCCUGCAGCAGCUGCAGAGGGAAAACAUGCAGACCCGAGGCCAGCAGAGCAAGACUGAUAAAACACUGACAUGGAAACCUCCGCCGAACCUGAACAGUUACCUGAACAAGCCAGUCCCACCUCCCCCACCUCAACCAGCAGCUCAGACAGCAUCGCUUCCCAGGUCCAACAAACCGGCCUGGGGAACAGCCGCGUACCGCCCGGCACCGCGGGGAUGGAGCAAAACGGAGGAGGAGACCAUAGGGGAGGAACAGCUGCUGUGAAAACUGGAACAGACACAGGGACAGCUGCUGUCAAACCUGAUACAGCUGCUGUCAAAUCUGGAACAUCUGUUGUCAAAACUGUCACCGAGACGAUCCAAACUGUCACCACAGACGGACAGGUCAAGUCUGAAACAAUCAUUUACUGAGAGGAGGCUGCGUUUAACCUUCAGCCUGCUAAGGUAGCCACGAAUGGCAGCAACUUUGUAUUGGUUAUGGGG